AUGGCAACGCAGGAGAGAAGGCCAGGCUGGAUCCCCUUCCGAGCCAGGGGUGCUUUCUUUACACUCGCUUACGAACAGGAUGGCGAAGCCGAGGGCCUCUGCACGGGCCAGUCGGAUCGAACUGCCCUCAGAGGAUCGAAAGUCCCUGAGCUGCUUGCCGCUGGGGCCGCAGUCGGUCUUCGUGCGCCAGAACGGCACUAUGGCUAUGCAGUCGUGCUGAAAAAGGUCCGGAUCACUCCGUUUUCCCGAAGUGCGCAGGGUGGCACGAUCCAGCUCUGCAGCGGGAUGUCGCCAGGGCUGCAGGCAGAGGAUUUUUUCGAUGUUCCCGACGUUGUGGAGAAUGUGGUAGUCGCCAGAAGAGACAUACAACGCGUGCUUCUGCAAUGGAAAGCUCCGCGAGACAACAACCGAUGUAUCAUGCGCUACGCGGUCAGCGCCUGGCCAUGGCAGCUGGGCGUAAAAGGAACUGCGGACAUGGACAGCGCGUGCCGGAUCGAGUUAACUGCCGAGGAGGCAGCCUGUGGAGGGAGUGGUGGCGAGGAUGCUAAUUGCGCAUACCUCCUUCAGUCCCUUCCUGGUAUGCCAGCUGCCGAAGAUCGGCCGCUGUUGGAUUUCCAGCGCCUGCCAAGGGCAUGCUGGGUAUCCGUGCGAGCUGCCAAUGAGGAAGGAUGGGCUGAAUGGUCACAGCCGAGCCUGGCAUUUUUCCAGGACCAGGUAUUUGGAGAAGGUGGUGACUCUGUUGAAGAGGCGAAGCAAGGGGCCCGGCUGCUGUCCUGGGGCGCCAGCGAGGAUGGACGCCUUGGCAGAGGCCUUGAAGCAAUCAGCCGGGGUGUCUGUGCUGAGCCGGACGUCGUGCCUGGCUUCGAUUCCUGCCGCCUGACCAGCUUGGCAUCAGGAGCUCACUCAGCUGCUGUGAGCUGCUCGGAUCGUCUGUACGUCUGGGGCACCUUCCUGGCAGAAGAAAGCGCGGAGGAGUGUUCUGCUGCUGGAGAGGAGGAGGUUGAAUUGCUUGCCGAGCCAAUGGUGCAACCAACCCCUUUUGCCGUUCAUGAUGUCCGAUGCGGACGUUUUGUGACGACAGUUCUUACAGCAGAAGGCUCCCUGUAUGCUUGGGGUGCGAACGAAGGACAUGGAUGUGGUGUGCCGACGGAUGCUCCUGUUGUCAAGGCCUUGACGCCGCUGAAGGUGCCGGGCAAAGUUCCCGUGGUCCAGGUUGCGCUCGGUGAGUUCCACGGACUUGCGCUGACCGCGGAAGGACGCCUGUUGGGUUGGGGCGAAGCGCAGGGGCCCGAAGUUGGAAUGGCAAGUAUGGCAUUGGAAGACCCAAAGAUCCGCCGUCAUUUGCCAGGCAGCAUAAGCUUCAAGCAGCCGCAGCCUCGGCUGCUCGACAUGCCGCCGGUGAAAGCCAUUGCAGCAGGCAGUUACCAUAGUGCAGCCAUCACAGAAGAUGGGAUGCUGUGGACAUGGGGAAGCAACAGCUACGGCCAGCUUGGUCUUGGUUGCUCACAAAAGGAACUGCCUGAGGCGAACUCGCCGCGACCUGUGCAUUUCUUUGGUCACGAAGGCCGCGCAUCCAAGGCCGCGAAAGUGUCACUGGGAGGAAUUCAUUCCGCCGUUGUCGACGAAGAGGGCGCCCUCUUCACCUUCGGCGAUAAUCGGAGAGGUCAAUGCGGGCAAGGUUCAUUAACCCUGCUUGACCAACCCACCGCGCUCCCCUUGCCGGGCCGCUGUGCCGGAGUUGGCUGCGGAGGUUUCUUUACGUUCUUCGAAGUGGAGUCUCAGAGUGGACCCUCGCUGAUGGUCAGCGGCUGGGGCAAGGAGGGUUGUCUUGGCUUUGGCAUGCCCUGCAAACGGCUGUUGCAGCCCCGGGAACUGAAGCCACCACCAGGCACCCGUUGGCUUUGCGUGCGUGCUGGCGUCGCUCACGUGACCGCGCUGGUGCGUUGA